AUGAAAGCUGAGACGGAGGACGGUUGACUGCCUGUCCUGAAAUCAGCUCAGAGCUCGAAUAUAAAACCAAGUGCGUCGCUGCUUUAGCAGCUUAGUUCUCCUGCAGUAUUGCAUCUUCUGCUAUGUACCGCAACUUUUAACAUCUGCUAUCUGUAGCACGUUAAGACCUGCAACUCAUCAAAACAGAGAGACAAGUGGAUAAGUCCUAUCUCCUGCUGCCCGCCUUGCUCUCUUGCUGUGACUGGUGUCAAAGGUGAUGGUAUCGUUUUGUUACAGAGGACUCCUCCUCAGGUGAUGCUAUGUCUUUUCGGAUAUAGGGACCACUUUUGGACACGUGCUAGGUUUUCUACAACCAUUAUAUUUUCUCUUACUACCUUCGCUUUGCCUCAAGCAUGGCUCUCUAUUCUCGGUUUGUGGUCGUGCUGCUUUACGGUUGGAGUUAUCUGUGCGUUGGAUACGGUGCGAUGCUGAAAACAGACAGUUUCACAGACAGACGAAAGGUGGAUUUUACGCAUUCGGUGAAUACGAAAGACAUCGCGAAAGAAGACCAGGAUCUGCUUUUACAGGAUACAGUGACGGAGCACAUGCAGAUGCUUUACGCGAAGUACAACCGGGCUGGAUUUCCCUUUAAGGACGGCAACACUGUGCGCAGUUUCAAAGCGCACUGGGGUACUAUAAACAAGAAGCAGCUGCAGAUUUUCAACCUCACCUCCCUCACCAAGUCAGAAGACAUUCUCUCAGCCACUCUUCAUUACUACAUCGGAGACCUUCAGAACAGCACUCAGGGUUGUUCCAUGGCCAAAAGCUGCGACCGCCAUGGCCCCCGGAGGCACAGCCACAUCCACAUAGUUAUCUGGAGUUUCGCCUCUGUGGAUAACAAGAUGAGGACUCUUGGACACUUUCGAGUCAAUGUGUCCACCCUGUACAGGGACUUCAUAUCUUGGCAAUGGAAGGAUAUAACGCGUGUGGUGAGCCAGGCCAAACACCAUGAUGAGCUGCUGAUUGGAAUCGAUGUAGCUUCACAAGGGCCCCGGCCGUGGAAGGAGCUGCUGUCAGACCGCUCACCCUACAUCCUGGUCUAUGCCAAUGACUCUGCCAUAGCAGAACCUGAAAGUGUGGUAGCCACCCUCCAGAGACACCACUCGCUGGUAGGGGAGGGCUCCAUUUCACACAGCUUCCAUAAACUGGGACUGCGUGAGCGAAAUAACACAGAACAACAACGCCUGCAGCCCAGACACAGGCGCUCAGUGAAUGUUCUGCUCCCGUUGCAAAACAAUGAGCUUCCUGGGCCCGAAUAUCCAUAUGAGACAACUACGUGGGACGAGACGAGUCCAUAUGAACCUUUUGAAAACAAGCAGGCCCGUCGGCCACGUAAAAAGACACGCAAGACUCAGCGGCACAAGAUGCCUCUACUGCAGUUUGAUGAGCAGAUGAUUAAAAAGGCACGAAAGAAGCAGUGGAACGAGCCCAAGAACUGUGCACGGAGGUACCUGAAAGUGGACUUUGCAGACAUUGGAUGGAGUGAAUGGAUUAUAUCACCUAAGUCAUUUGAUGCCUACUACUGCUCAGGGUCUUGUCAGUUCCCUAUGCCAAAGGCUCUGAAGCCCUCUAACCAUGCCACCAUCCAGAGCAUAGUGCGGGCAGUGGGCGUCGUCCCAGGAAUCCCCGAGCCGUGCUGCGUCCCAGAGAAGAUGUCAUCCCUCAGCAUCCUCUUCUUCGAUGACGACAAGAACGUGGUGCUGAAAGUCUACCCAAACAUGACUGUAGAUUCCUGCGCCUGUAGAUAGUUUUUUUUUUAGCCUUCAACAC